UUGUUUUGUGUUGACAUUUGUUGACAGAAGCCGAAAAGCAGCAUGACCGAUUUAACAUACUAUCAUUAAAUAAUAAUAAAUAAGUUGCAAUGCGCUUCUUACACUUAAGAAAUCACUUAAAUUUUAGUCGUCUCAGUUUAAUCAGAUGUUUUGUGGAACAAGAGUUUGGUGGGCAAGCUACCAUUCGAAAUAGUUAUGUGCAUCAACGGUGUUUUUCAUCAAAAGUUGCGGUUAAGUCGAGUGGAAGGCUGCCAGCCAAAGGACCGGGAUUGAAAGAGUUUUUAAUUGCUGGCAAAAAUUCACUGGUCGCACAACCGAAUCCAAUCACACCCGAAAAUACAAUUCCAUACCUCAACGAAAUCGAUUACGAUGGACACGGUCGUAAAGUGUUUUUCGAAGUGUACGGAUGCCAAAUGAAUGUGAAUGACACCGAAAUUGUAUGGUCGAUUUUAAAAGACAACGGUUAUGAAAAGGUGCAAUCGGCUGAAGAUGCCGAUGUGGUGCUAUUGAUGACUUGUGCCAUUCGAGAAAAAGCCGAAUCAAAGAUUUGGUCACGAUUGAAACAGCUGGUUGUUGAGAAGAAGAAACGAAAAACUAUCGGCAAAAUCUAUCAAGUUGGCAUCUUGGGUUGUAUGGCCGAACGACUAAAAACGGAAUUACUGGAAAAAGAAAAAAGCGUUGAUGUAAUCUCUGGACCAGACAGCUAUAAGGAUCUGCCGCGACUCUUGACGGUCACAAAAAGUGGACAAAGCGCAGUUAAUGUACUACUCUCCUUAGACGAAACCUACGCUGACAUCGUGCCAGUUCGAUUAAAUGAAAAUGCCGUCACCGCAUUUGUGUCGAUAAUGCGUGGAUGUGAUAACAUGUGUACGUACUGUAUAGUGCCGUUUACGCGUGGCCGAGAACGUUCACGGCCAAUUGACACCAUCGAAAAUGAAGCGAAAAUGCUGGCCGACCAGGGUAUCAAAGAGAUUACACUUUUAGGACAAAAUGUGAAUAGUUACCGUGAUUUAUCACAAGAUUCAGAUCGGGAGAGUCCAACGAAUAUCGUAAGUGGUUUUAAAACGGUAUAUAAAACGAAAAAAGGUGGAAUGAGAUUUGCGGAAUUGCUUGAGCGUGUGGCUGCGGCUGUGCCUGAAGUUCGUAUCCGAUUCACAUCGCCUCAUCCGAAAGAUUUUCCCGAUGAAGUGUUGCAUGUGAUGCGCCAAUAUCCAAAUAUCUGCAAAAACAUUCACAUGCCGAUUCAAUCGGGUAACAAUGCUGUUUUGGAACGAAUGCGUCGUGGAUACACGAAAGAAGUGUAUCUAGAUCUAAUCAAACAUAUUCGAAAUAUCAUCCCUGGCGUGAGUUUCUCGAGUGAUUUUAUUACAGGAUUCUGUGGUGAAACCGAAGCGGAAUUUGCCGAUACACUAUCGGUAAUGAAUCAAGUGAAGUAUCACAUGGCAUUUAUGUUUGCGUACAGUAUGAGAGAGAAAACAACGGCCCAUCGACGGUUUGUAGACGAUGUGCCUCAGGAUGUAAAAAAUCGUCGUGUCUUCGAGAUGGCACAGGUGUAUCGAGCUGGUGCUGAAGAGCUGAAUGCGGCUUGCGUUGGCAAGAAGCAACUAAUUUUAAUCGAAGGCCAAAGUAAACGAUCAUCAGAAGCGUACUUUGGACGAAAUGAAGCCAACACAAAAGUAAUCAUUCCCGCCAAUGUUGAAAUCUACCGUGAUUACGAAUGUGCCCAGCAACAGGACAACACAAAGCUAUCGAAUAUUCAACCGGGCGAUUUUGUUGUCGUAGACAUAACAGAAUCAAAUUCACAAGUUCUCAAAGGAACGCCUUUGUACCAUUCGACCAUUUCAGAUUUUAGCCGAAGGCAGUGUCACAACUGAAUUAUAAAUUGACAUUUUGUGUUAUAUGUACGCAGCAGCAGCGGCAGAACCUUGAUUAUAUAUUAAUUUACUGUUAUUCUGUGAAAAUAAUAAUAAUAAUAACGAAAAUUAGCAGAAAAAUCAAA